AAACACCGUUCUUCUCACCUUCAUCCUCCACUUUCAAGUCUAAACAGACUCAAUUAACACCACUUCUCCAGCUCAACCUCCCACUUACUACCACAUACCAACCACACAUCAUGCCCUACGAGAAGAAGGCAGUCCACUUCGGCGGUGGUAACAUCGGCCGUGGCUUCGUCGCCGAGUUCCUCCACAACUCUGGCUACGAGGUCGUCUUCGUCGAUGUCAUGGACAGCAUCAUCGAGUCUCUCCAAAAGACUUCCACAUACAAAGUUACCGAGAUCGGUGAUGACGGCGAGCGCGAGUUCACCAUCGACCACUACCGUGCCAUCAACUCCAAGAACGAGAUGGACAAGGUCAUCGAGGAGAUUGCUACUGCCGAUGUUGUCACCUGCGCUGUCGGUCCCAACAUCCUCAAGUUUGUUGCUGAGCCCGUCGCCAAGGCCAUUGAGGCCCGCAAGCUCGACUACCCCAUCGCUGUCAUCGCCUGUGAGAACGCCAUCAAUGCCACAACUACAUGGAGGGGUUUCAUCGAGAGCAAGCUGAGUGAAGAGACCAAGAAGAACAUCGACAGCAAGGCUCGCUUCGCCAACUCGGCUAUUGACCGGAUUGUCCCACAGCAGCCUCCCAACGCCGGUCUCAACGUUGUCAUCGAGAAGUUCCACGAGUGGUGUGUUGAGCAGAAGCCCUUUGAGAACGGCGGUAAGAAGCCUGAUGUCAAGGGUAUCCACUACGUCGACGACCUUGAGCCAUACAUUGAGCGCAAGCUCUUCACUGUCAACACCUCACACGCUACUGCUGCCUACUACGGCCACCAGAACAAGAUCGCCUACAUCCACGAGGUUCUUCAAGAUAAGAAGCUCCACGACAUCGUGCGUGAUGCUGUCAAGGAGACUGCCAACCUGAUCGUCAAGAAGCACGGCGUUAGCACUCAAGAGCAGAGCGACUAUGUUGAGCAGAUCAUCAAGCGUAUCUCCAACCCUGUCCUCAAGGACAACGUCGAGCGUGUCGGUCGUGCUCCUCUUCGCAAGCUUUCUCGCAAGGAGCGCUUCAUCGGUCCCGCUGCUCAGCUGGCUGAGAGGGGAGAGUCAUACCAAACCCUCCUCGGCGCCGUCGAGCAGGCUUACCGCUUCCAGAACGUCGAGGGCGAUGAGGAGUCUGUCGAGCUCGCCAAGAUCCUCAAGGAGCACUCGCCCGAAGAGGUGGUCACCAAGGUCAACGGUAUCGAGAAGGGCCAUGCUCUCUUCGAUCCUCUUGUCGCUAUCGUCAAGAAGGUUCAGGGUAGCUGAAUGUCCGACAGUAGACUGUAAGUACGAGUCACUGUGGUGGAAGGUGAUGCCGGAGUAUGGCAAUGAGUAUGAUGAGCAUAACAUGAGAAGACCAAAGCACCUUGAGUGAUGGCUUCAUUUAGCGGACCUACAAAACUCGGGCAUUGAUGGGAUGGAAUUCCAGAUAACGAGCACGAGAAACUAGUCAUGAAUAUAUACCCCUUCAGUUGA